CGCCCGGGGAGGAGGUCGGCGUGCUGCUCUGCGAUGUGGGCGACGCGGGCUCGCUGGCCACCAUGGCGAGGCAGACCCGGGUGGUGCUCAACUGCGUGGGCCCGUAUAGAUUCUUUGGAGAACCUGUGGUACAAGCUUGUGUUGAAAAUGGUGCAAGCUGCAUUGACAUUAGUGGAGAACCCCAGUUUCUGGAAGGAAUGUACCUGAAAUACAAUGAAAAAGCUGCAGAAAAGGGAGUAUAUGUUGUUGGAAGCUGUGGCUUUGACUCCAUACCAGCAGAUAUGGGAGUACUGUACACCAGAGACAAGUUGAAAGGUACCUUAACUGCUGUUGAGAGUUUCCUGUCGGUGAAAUCUGGGCCUGAGGGUCUUGGUGUACACGAUGGGACCUGGAAGUCAGCUGUCUAUGGCCUGGCAGAUGAAGACAACCUGAAGAAGCUUCGAAAACAGAUAGGAUAUGCCCCUGUUCCAGUUGUUGGUGCAAAGCUUAAAAAAAGAGGAUUUGUGUUUUACAGUCCGGAAUUCAAGGAGUACUGCAUUACAUUCAUGGGAUCUGAUGGUUCUGUUGUGAAAAGGACUCAGCGUUAUUUGCAUAGUGAGUUGCAGCAAACACCUGUCCAGUAUGGUGCUUACGUGACACUAGGUGGUCUUGGCUCUGUUAUUAAGCUGAUGUUUAUGGGCAUGUUAUUUCUUCUUCUGGUGAAGUUUAAUUUUGGAAGAAAACUUCUGACAAAAUACCCGAGAUUUUUCUCUGGUGGAUACUUCUCAAAGGAAGGACCAACCCAGAAGCAGAUGGAUGGAACCUCUUUUACAAUGACUUUUUUUGGUGAGGGUUAUAGUGAGGGACAAGAUCCCCAGACUGGCAAACCAAAUGUGAAGAUCUGCACUGAAGUGAAAGGACCAGAGCCUGGAUAUAUUGCUACACCAAUUGCAAUGGUUCAAGCAGCUCUGUCUCUUCUGGAAGAUGCAGCUUCUUUGCCUAAAAAGGGUGGUGUAUAUUCUCCAGGAGCUGCCUUCUCCAAAACAAAACUGAUUGAUCGCCUCAACAAGCGUGGUGUUGAGUUCUCUGUUAUUAGCAAACCUGAAGUCUGAAGUCAAAAUAUACCUGUAUGAACUAACACCUUUCCUGGGUCUAACUCUAAUAAAACCCAUAUGGCUGCAAAAGCCUAAUCAUAAAACAGUUUCACUAUG